UCUAUCAUCGACAACCAUCCACAACUUUAUCUUUCCAUCUCAAGUCGACUUAAUUCAUCAAACCUAAACAUCUAAAAUGGCUAGAACCAAGCAGACUGCCCGUAAGUCCACUGGUGGCAAGGCUCCCCGUAAGCAGCUCGCUUCCAAGGCUGCCCGCAAGGCCGCUCCCUCCACCGGCGGUGUCAAGAAGCCUCACCGUUACAAGCCCGGUACCGUCGCUCUCCGUGAGAUCCGUCGCUACCAGAAGAGCACUGAGCUCCUCAUCCGCAAGCUCCCCUUCCAGCGUCUGGUCCGUGAAAUCGCCCAGGACUUCAAGUCCGACCUCCGCUUCCAGUCCUCUGCCAUCGGUGCUCUCCAGGAGUCCGUUGAGGCCUACCUCGUCUCCCUCUUCGAGGACACCAACUUGUGCGCCAUCCACGCCAAGCGUGUCACCAUCCAGUCCAAGGACAUCCAGCUUGCCCGCCGUCUCCGCGGUGAGCGCUCCUAGAUUCAUUUAACCUUCGAAUGAGUCUAUCUCUGCAACUGGUUGGCUCUUUUAUGGGAUGGCGAUAACGGGGUUUCUUUCUUUGCUUAUUUCAUGACUACUGGCGAUACAUGAUGGGUUUCUUCUUUUGCGAAUUUCACAACGGGUCUCUCGGCAAAUGGGUUUUGUGAUUUCUCUUGCUACGCAAUAAAUAGUAGGCUGCCGAGUUUGUUUCUCUCGAGCGGCUCUGGGGUGGAUUGAUGAUCGUGGCGAUGCAUCCGUCCGAAUAUGUACAUUACAGAU